UCCGGGGAGGGAAGCCGCGGAGAUCCUGCAGCGGCAGGUGCAGCCAGCCGCCUCCCUCGGCACCAGCCUCCUCCCCCAGGACCCCGCAGCUCCUGGACCACCCGCGCCAGCGCCGGCGCCUCUCGUCCUCAUCGUCUCCAGCCCUGAUCUCAAGUAGCAGCAUCCGCGCGGGGAUCUCACAGAGGAAACUAAAUUCUAGGUUAUAAAAACUUCAGUUCACAUUCACACAGUUGUGGCUUUGAGUGGACAUGGACCAUCUCCAAAACAGACUGCAUGUCUGCUAAAGUUUAUGCUGUCAAACUUCCUUAUUGGAGCUAACUGAACUCUGCAGUUUUUGCUGGCCUUUGUUGCCAUCCCUUGCCAUCACUAUGAGCAGCAUCCUCUCACAUUUGGACCCCCGGCGGAUCCAGUGGGGUGCUACAUGGUAUGCCAUGCAUUCUAGAAUUCUCCGUACCAAGCCAGUGGAAUCCAUGCUGGAAGGGACAGGCACCACCACAUCCCACGGAACCAAACUGGCCCAAGUGCUCACUACCAUGGAUCUGGUUUCACUGGGUGUUGGAAGUUGUGUUGGUACUGGAAUGUACGUGGUCUCUGGCCUGGUUGCUAAGGAGAUGGCGGGACCUGGUGUCAUCGUGUCCUUCAUCAUUGCAGCUGUGGCCUCCAUUUUGUCUGGGGUUUGUUAUGCCGAGUUUGGUGUGCGGGUUCCCAAAACCACUGGCUCUGCCUAUACCUACAGCUAUGUCACAGUGGGAGAGUUUGUGGCAUUUUUCAUCGGAUGGAACCUAAUCCUGGAGUAUCUGAUUGGCACAGCCGCAGGCGCCAGUGCUCUAAGCAGCAUGUUUGACUCCCUGGCCAAUCACACCAUCAGUCGCUGGAUGAUUGACAGCGUUGGGACUUUGAAUGGGCUGGGUAAAGGAGAAGAAUCAUAUCCAGAUCUACUAGCUUUGGUCAUUGCUGUCAUUGUAACUAUCAUCGUCGCUUUGGGAGUGAAGAACUCUGUGGGAUUUAACAACGUCCUUAACGUGAUUAACCUGGCUGUGUGGGUCUUCAUCAUGAUUGCUGGACUUGUCUAUGUUAAUGGAGAAAACUGGGCCGAAGGGCACUUCUUGCCAUUUGGAUGGUCAGGGGUGCUACAAGGUGCAGCCACCUGCUUCUAUGCCUUCAUUGGAUUUGACAUCAUUGCUACCACUGGAGAAGAAGCAAAGAAUCCCAACACUUCCAUCCCUUAUGCCAUCACUGCCUCACUAGUCACAUGCCUGACUGCAUAUGUGUCUGUGAGCAUUAUCUUAACUCUGAUGGUGCCAUACAGUGACAUCGAUACUGAAUCGCCACUGAUGGAGAUGUUUGCAGCCCAUGGAUUGUAUGCUGCUAAGUUCAUCGUUGCCAUCGGAUCUGUGGCUGGGUUGACUGUGAGCUUGCUGGGCUCGCUUUUCCCUAUGCCUCGUGUCAUUUAUGCUAUGGCUGGUGAUGGGCUUCUUUUCAGGUUCUUGUCCCAUGUAAGUUCUUAUACGGAGACGCCUGUAGUGGCUUGCAUUGUCUCAGGAUUUCUCGCAGCGCUGCUCUCCUUGCUGGUCAGCCUGAGGGACCUGAUUGAGAUGAUGUCCAUCGGCACGCUGCUCGCCUACACGUUGGUCUCCGUAUGUGUCCUGCUUCUUCGGUACCAGCCAGAAAGUGACAUUGACGGCUUUGUCAAGUUCCUUUCUGAGGAACACACUAAGAAGAAGGAAGGGGUUAUAGCGGACUGUGAGAAGGAAGUUUGCUCUCCGGUGAGUGAAGGGGAGGAGUUUGCCGGGCCACCCACCAACACAUGCGGUGCAAAGAACCUUCCAUCCUUGGGUGACAACGAGAUGCUCAUUGGGAAAUCAGACAAAUCCACGUACAACAUCAACCAUCCCAACUACGGUACAGUCGACAUGACUUCUGGAAUAGAGGCAGAUGAGUCUGAAAACAUCUACCUCAUCAAGCUGAAGAAACUAAUAGGGCCGCGCUACUACACUAUGAGGAUCCACCUUGGACUCCCUGGGAAAAUGGAUCGGCCCACUGCAGCUACUGGUCAGACUGUUACCACUUGUGUCCUCUUGCUAUUUGUCUUAAUGUUCAUCUUCUGCUCUUUCAUCAUUUUUGGAGUGGACUAUCUCUAUGACCAAAGUUGGUGGGCCAUUCUUCUGGUGGUCCUGAUGACCCUGCUGAUCAUUGCGCUGGUGUUUGUCAUUCUUCAACAGCCAGAAAACCCCAAGAAACUCCCUUACAUGGCCCCUUGCCUGCCUUUCGUCCCUGCCUUCGCUAUGCUCGUGAACAUCUAUCUCAUGCUGAAACUUUCAAAGAUCACAUGGAUCCGGUUUGCUGUCUGGUGUUUCGUGGGGUUGCUGAUUUAUUUUGGCUAUGGCAUAUGGAACAGCACACUAGAGAUCACUGCUCGGGAGGAGGCCCUGCAUCAGAGCACAUAUCAACGCUACGAUGUUGAUGUUGAUCCCUUCUCGGUCGAAGAUGGCUUUGCCUACGCUGAGAGCGACAACUACCAGGACUGGGAUCCAGCCGAUGACAAAGGUUUCUCUUACCAGCAGAUGUCAGAAGCAAAGGAAAGCAGUCGGACAAGUAGCAAAUCAAAGAGCAAAGGCAAACACAAACAGAACUCAGAUGCACUGAUUUCAAAUGAUGAGUUAGACUACUCGCCAGAGUAGAUGCAGUUCAAACACAACCAUUCCGCUCUUUGUCACUAAGCUAAACCUUGGGCUAAAAUUCAGUGGCUUCUUUUGGCUCUCAUUUCACACCCAUCCUUUCUGUAAAGGUUCUGUUCUGUUUCCAGGAAUCACUUUCUGCUCUUCAGGAUGGUUCUGUCAAGUUCUGAUCCUGAAUCAACAGAAUGUCACAUUAAAGAAAACAAGACAUCCCUGAUCUCACCACCACCACUCACAGCAGUAUUUCACUGAAUGUUGCCAGGAGUUUCCUCCUCAGAUAGGCUAGUUUGGCCUGCAGAGUUUUUCUGGGCCUAGGAAACUCACUGCAUGAGAUACUUCUUGCUGCAGUGAUAGUAUGGUAUCAAUGGAAUCCACACUCAACAAAAUGGGUCCCUGAUCAGGAAAUGCAGUAAGGUUACAUUGGCAAGGGAAAUGUUUAUAUCCUCCAUGUUUCCCCAUAGAGAGGAGAAUGAGGAACCUGUAACCCUCCAGAUGUUGUUGGACUCCCAUCGUCCCUGACCAUUGGCCAUGUUGGCUGGGCUUGCAAUGGAAGCUGGAGUCCAACAAUAUCUGAAGGGCCACCACCAUCCCUUCCAUAGAGAAUACAGAAUUGUAGCCAUACUGAUGACUGUUAUUUGGCAAACAGUAUGUCAGUUUUUGGUUUUGUAGAAUGUGAACGUUGGCUAGACAGGUAGGGUUAUUCAGGCUGGAGCCAUAAAAUUUUCCAUGAGGGUAUUCUGCAGGUAAAAAAAUAGGUCAAGUGGUCAUGGUAAUGCAGACCAACGUUUCCAUUUUUAGCUCUAAAGCUGAAUAAACCUUUUCACUUAGCAAAAUAUUCUUGCACUUUGGCACAUUUGGUCU